AUGUGCGACCUUCAUUCGAGCCUGCUUGGUCUCGACUGGCCUCGAGGCCUAAGCUAUGGGCUGGAAACCAGGAGAAUAGGGCGUGAAGCAUCGCCUUCAACCAUAAUUCUCGAAGACCCUCGCAAGGGCGUCCACGAAUUCAUCGGCACGAGAGCCUGCCAUGGCAACUUUGACGUGAUUAUCCGAGCCAUGCUCGCGGCCAUGGCCGACCAAAGGGACUACUCAAUUCGAGUCCGCGACGCCGAUAUCUCCUCGAACCCCAACGCUACGAGGCUGUCGCUCUCGGCUUACCCAGCAACCAAGCCGCCAUUUCUCGUCAGGCCCGAGACGCCGAGUCCCACGUCGCCGCCGUCGACACGCCCAUGUCUCGAGGCCCCAUGA